ACGUUUCGAUGUACAUCAAACGCGUUUUAAACAUUUGAAUUGAUCAUCAAUAUGGAUUCGAAUCCAGAUUCUGAACAAAAUUGUGAUAAAAUUGAAAUAUCACUGGAUCAAUCAGAUUUUGAUCCAGAAUUAGUUUUGUUUGGUGAUGUUAGUGUCAAAAUUCCCGUACCUGAAGCUAAAAUAUUCAACAACCUCGAUGAAUAUUAUAAAAGUUCAUUUCAGAAAAAGAUGUCCAUUCAAGAAAGUAAAAAUCAACCGAAAAAACCGGCAAAUUUAUAUGAAAGAAAUGUUGAAUUUUUCUAUCAAAAACAAGAUGAAUCAACAACAACGGAAACAACAUCUCGAAAUAGACGUUCUCGUGAAUUGACUGAUGUUAUUAAAAAAAUGGAACAAUCACAAAAAGGACCAUUAUCAUUAUUGUAUCAGUCAAUGGAUAAAAUUAUUAAAAUCCUUAUACGACGACGAAGAAAAUCAUGUUUAUUACGUGAGGAAAAAUUUUCUUGGUUAACUGGCCGUUUAAUUGCAUUUGAUAAACAUUUUAAUCUCGUUAUUGAAGAUGCAAUUGAAACCUAUCAUCAUCAACGACAACAGAUAAAAUCGUCUACUAUUGACAACAAAUCAACAAAUAACUCAAUUCAAAUUCAAAUAAUAAACAAACAAUCAAGACAAUUAUUGAUUCGUGGUGAUAAUAUUGUUAUGAUUGUUCGACAAAAAGAAGAAUAAUGAUGUGAUUUUUUUUAA